UUUGUUAUCACUCAAUUUCAAGUGAUUAAAAUCUUUAAAUAUAUUUCUUGGAAAUGAUUUCAACAAGUUAUUAAUGAGGUGUGUUUAAAUUUUAGUAUUAAUGGCAAAUUUACCGAAUGGCUGGCUUCAGCUGGUACCUCUCUGAAGGCUUCCAAGUGAUCAUUGAGAAGUCAAAAGAAGAUAAAUGUUCAUUGAAUGAUGUCCAAUUACGUUUCCUUUGCCCUGAUGAUUUAGAAGAAGUAAGAGCAUUAUGCAGAGAUUGGUUUCCAAUAGAAUACCCACAGUCAUGGUAUGAAGAUAUAACAUCAUCGGAGAGAUUCUUUGCACUUGCUGCGGUAUACAAGACCCAAAUUAUAGGACUCAUUGUAGCUGAAAUCAAACCAUAUUUAAAAUUAAAUGCAGAGGACAGAGGAAUAUUGUCAAGAUGGUUUGCAUCAAAAGACACACUUGUUGCUUAUAUUUUGUCAUUAGGUGUAGUACGAUCACACAGACGGUCCGGUGUAGCAACAAUGCUUUUGGAUGUCUUGAUCAAACACUUAGCAGGACCUGUUGUUCAACUUCCUCAUGAGCAUAGAGUAAAGGCUAUAUUCCUGCAUGUACUCACCACAAACAAUGAGGCUAUACAUUUUUACGAAAAGAGAAGAUUUCGAUUACAUUCUUUUCUUCCUUACUACUAUUCAAUAAAGGGGCGUUGUAAGGAUGGGUUUACCUAUGUAUAUUACGUAAAUGGAGGUCACGCUCCAUGGGGGAUUUACGACUAUGUGAAAUAUGUGGCUCGAGCAGCGUGGAGUGGCGGUGGACUUUACCCCUGGAUUUGGGGUAAACUCCGAACUGCCCUCACCAUAGCAUGGCACAGAUAGUCAAUAUAAUACUCCGUUAAUUAUAUACUCUAAUACACUAACAUGCUAACGUUAGUCUAAGUCUACUAGUAAGAAUAUUUGGAAAGAGUUUGGUCAUUCCCUAGCACCAUAAUUAUAUUGUUUGAUAAAUUUAUAUUGUCAAAUUUGAAAAGAAUUAUUAAGAUUAAUGUGGUAAAUCCUAAAACAUAUGAAAAAUG